AAACCAUGACCAGGUGGGCACGAGUAACUACCACAAAUAAUAAGAGACCCUUUGCUGCGUCAUCAUGGGAGGAUAUGAAGAAGGGAUCUUCCGAGGGAACAAGUCAGAGCCAGCCAAAGGGUAAACAACUUGACAGCAGUAGGCUUCCCCUUAAAAAUGACAAAUUCCAAGCAAAGCACAAAAAGAACAAGAAGAAAAAAGAGUACUUAAAUGAAGAUGUGAAUGGAUUCAUGGAAUACUUACGACAGAACUCACAGAUGUCUCACAGUGGGGAAAUGAUAGCAGCAGACAGCCAAGAUAUGAGGGAAGAAGUUGCACUUGCUUUGAAGAAAGACAGUCGACGAGAAGGGAGAAGGUUAAAAAGACAGGCAGCAAAGAAAAAUGCAAUGGUAUGUUUCCAUUGUAGAAAACCUGGACAUGGGAUAGCAGAUUGCCCGGCUGCCCUUGAGAACCAGGAUAUGGGCACUGGAAUAUGUUAUCGGUGUGGAUCCACAGAGCAUGAAAUAACCAAGUGCAGGGCCAAAGUGGACGUAGCUCUUGGGGAAUUUCCUUUUGCCAAAUGUUUUGUGUGCGGGGAAAUGGGGCACCUGUCCAGAUCUUGUCCUGAUAAUCCCAAAGGAGUCUAUGCUGAUGGUGGUGGCUGCAGACUUUGUGGCUCUGUGGAACAUUAUCAGAAAGAUUGCCCUGAAAAUAAGAAUUCAGAUCGAAUGGUCACAGUUGGUCGCUGGGCAAAGGGAAUGAGUGCCGACUAUGAAGAAAUUUCGGAUGCUCCUAAACCCCAGAAACCCAAAACAAAGACACCCAAAGUUGUUAAUUUCUGAUGCUUAUUUCAUGAGAUGGAUUGAGACUUUCAAA